UCGACCACUCAUGAGCUAACACGAUGCUAAGCUAGUAGUAGUAAUACGGUAGUUUCCCCCCCUAUCAAUAUAGUAGUAGUAGUUGUUGUUUUCCUAUAAAUAUUUGUUCAUUUUGUGAAUUUGUGUCAUUAGCAUGUAAGACUUUACGUGUGAGGACAAUUUUGUGGAAAUCCACCGAGGAUAAACAGUGGCAGCUACUUCCAGAAUGCAGACUGGUGGGGUCACCCAGAACAGUGGAUUGGGAGACUUGGAGGUCCUGUUGGCCAAUAAAGAAAGGGAGUGGAAGGAGCUUCAUGCGAGAAGGGUUAAUCUGUUGGAGGAUUCUCUUAAAAAGGCCCAGGACGAGUGUUCUUCCCUCAGGCAACAAUACCAGAAGCUGAAAGAGGACUUCCAGUACAAUUUGUCUAUCCUGGAUGAACAAGAGAAGGAAUUGCAGAAAUAUGAUGUCAUCACAUCCAGGGCUUUGAAUGCAGAGCAGAGCAGGCAGGAGGAGCUGAGCCGUCUGCGUAUCCAGGUUGCCGUGCUGGAGGAGAAGCAAGCCAAAGAUGCCGAGGCGAGACAGGAGGAGCUGCACAUAAACCAGAACAAAGCUGCUCAGCAAAGGCUGCAGCUGGAUGAACUAAGACACUCUAUGACAGACACAAUCGAAAAGCAAAUGGAGGAGCAUGAGCGAAUGAAGUUGGAGUUCCAGCACAGGGUGCAUGAGAUGGAGGAUGAGCUCACUCGGCAGAAAGAGGAAUUGACAGCAACUUGGGAAAAGAAGCUCAGGCAACGAGAGCACCAGUUCAAUCUUAAACUGGAUGAGAUGCAUGCCGUGUUGCUGUCCAAUGAGCUCAAGAUUAAGUGUUUGUCUAAAGAGUGUGAAGUUCAGAGCAAGGCUCGAGAGCAAGAAACACAAGCGCUCAAAGCAUCUGAAGAGUUGUGUGAACAAUUACAUACCCAAUUACAGCACAAGGCUGAUUUGAAUGAUGAAACCACAGCUGUAAAGGAUGUAAGGAUCAAAGAACUGGAGCACCAGUUGAAAUGGAUGGAGAGCAAACUAGAGAAGCAGAGAGAUGACCACAUUAGGAAACAGGAGGACGAUGCCCAGGCUUUGAAAGAGAAGGAUAAGCAAAUGGGGGUUCAGUAUGAGGUUCACUUAGAGCAGUUAAAAAGAGCCGAAAAACAAAUGAUCCAACUUCAGAAUAGCAUGAAGAUUCAGUCUGCAAAAGCCUGCUCGACCCAAAAGGACAUGGAGAUGGCCUUGGAGCAGAAAAACGACACAAUAAAGAGACUUCGUACUGACGUGACUGCAGCUCAGGCUACAUUGGAGAAGUACAUGUGUCAAACAUCUCACGACAUGGUUACCAACAAAUCGGAGUUAAUAAUAUUACAGAACAGUAAUAACAAACUACGUGCCGAGUUGGAGAGAAGCAGAGACGAGAUUAACAGGUACAAGCAGGAUAUAAGUGCUGGUUUGAAGAGAGAAGCAGCCUUAGAACAGGCUCGAAUUCAGUUGGAGUUAGAGUGGCAGAAACGCUGUGAUGCUACCAAGGCUAAACAUUACUUGGCUAAUGAGCAGCUUAUACAAGAUUUGACCCAAGCCAGAGACCAGGCAAAGGCAGAGCUUCAGCAGAAAGAAAAAGAGUUGCAUGACUUGACCGUCUUGCUUCCCUCUGUUGAAAAUCAGACUGAUAAAGCAGGGCAGUGCAUCACACCAAAACCAGACACGCGAUCAUCCGAGGAAAUAAGUUCCCUGGUUGAGCAGAACAAUUUUUUGCGAGCCGUUGUUUCCCAGAUGAGAAGAGACAUGGAGGAUCUUGGUCAUCUCUUACCACAUCCGCAGACCGAAUAUGAAGCUGCCUCUCCCAAGAUGGUUGAAGCCCCCGAUGUGCCGCCAGCUACCCCGACAACUGAACCUCUUGCCAAUCAACCUGAUAUAACUGCUACAAACAUUCCAACAUAUUUGUCAGACUACACUCAGGGUCUGAAAAAGGAGAUGAGCUUGCUGAAUGAACGAUGCAGACACAUCGAGGAGCAGCUACAAGGUGCUCCAGCCAUAGGAACGCCUAAAAAUGUUAUGGGCAAUCCACAUGAUUCAACAUCUUUGGCGUGGCCAAAUGCUGAGCCUGAUCAUACCAAUGUGAGGUUUCAGAGUUCAGUAGUGCAACAGGUCCAAGAUAGGCACUCCUAUCUGUGGCAGCAGCAGCAGCAUUUGAAUUCAGCUCUUAUGGCCGGUGCUGCAUCUAGUAAUGUUCAGGGUAUUAAAAAGAACAUUGUUCUGUCACAUGCCAGGCUAAAGCAAGCAGCGUUUUACAUUGCCCGUCUGAGCAGAGAGAAGCAACAGCUCAUACAGAUAGGCAAUUGUCUUCGUGCCGCUAUCACCAGCGCUGGAUUACAGGAAACGAUUGAACGAAAAAAAGAUGACUCUAAAGUGGAGCAAAGACAUCAACAUGAACGUCUCUCUGCUCUGGAGAAGCUGCAGUACAGACUUACCACUCAGGAGCUUCAAUAUGCUGCUAGGCAGAAGGCUUGCACUGUUGCGAAACAUGCCAAUUCAACCAACAGCAGAAGGACUCACCAAAAAGGAGACCGCAACCCUUGUUCCAGAGUGCACCAGUCAACUGAUGAGACUGGGACCUCUAAAACUGCUACAAGCAGCCAGCAACAAAGCUCGGAGCUCAAGACACAGCCCAGUUCAGAAGAGUCACUGCAGUCAUUGAAAGGAAUUUGGGAGAUAUUGGACCAUGGAUUAAGUUCAUCCAUUCACUCAGAAGGUGAUAGUGAGCUCAUCAGGAGCAAGGUGACCAAGUCAGGCACCGGUGGAGUGAUGGUGACCGGUACCAGCGCUCCCAUCCACCGAGGUUCCUCAGCCAAGCGCCAGCAGAAGAAGAACCCUACCAAAGCACCGUCAAACCCACCAAAGAGCUGCAAGAAAGGAACCCUGGGCAAAAUCAGCAGGAUCAGAAACUAUAAUGCCAAAGACUAACACUUAUACAAGACAAUUGUUUGUCUUCCAAGUCAUUGUGAUCAUUGUGUGAUCAGUAAAUUGUUUUAGCUUUUGGAACACGUUCAAUUUCGUCCACCAAUAUUAACAAGAAACUGCUAUUUUUGGAGAAAUUGCAAUUAGGAGCUUUGCAGCUGUGAUUUGGGGACAUUACAGGGUCACUUCCUGUCCAUUUGGGGACAUUUCAAGGUAAUCUCUUGUUGAUAUCAGGUGACUUGCUGUUGGGGAAAUUUCAGGGUCACUUCCUGUUGAUUUGGGGACAUUUUAGGGUCACUUCCUGUUGAUAUCAGGUCAUUUCCCGUUGAUAUUCUGACCUACAUGGCCUUCAACGGCAUCGACUUUUAUAUACGCCAUUGGCAUCAACAGAAUCGACAUAAAUGGCAGUCAAUGCCAUCGAUGUACAUUGAUGUCAAUGUCAUAGACGUGCAUGGCUGUCAAUAUAUCAAGUCAUUUCCUGUUGAUAUUUUGACAUACAUAGCCGUCAAUGUCAUCAUUUUACAUAUACGCCAAUGGGAUGGAAUCGAAAUACAUUGGCAUCAACAGAAUCAACAUACAUUGCCGUCAAUGGCAUAGACGUAUAUUGCUGUUAAUGUCAUGGAUGUGCAUGGCUAUCAAUUGCAAUGAAUGACAAUGGGUUGUCAUAAGUUUUUCUGCCAUUGAAAAUGAAUUGGAAAUUUUGGCCAUUAGAAAUGAAUAAAACUACGAACAUGGCCGUCAGUGGCAUCCCAUUAGAAAUGAAUGUGAAAGGUUUUGGCAAAUUCUGUAUUCAAUUUUUAUGCCCUGUUCUAAAAUUUAAAUGUAAUGUGCAA